CUCCAGUUACUCUUGAAAAUGCAGCGCCACCUGCUCCGUUUGCUAAUUUCGCUGGGCAUUCUAGUGAAGUUUAGCCAAUCCGAUUGCAAUAUCUGCUCAUCUGAGAGCAAUGUAGCCUGCGUGUCCAAAAAUCAGUACCAAAACUGCACGGCGAACGCAAUUCCGUCAGGUGCCGUCUAUACCUGUCCAAAUAAUACGUAUUGUACGGGAUUUACAGAGAAGUGCACUUCCACGGAGGCCUUUGCAUCCUGCAAUGACUGCAAGAAGUGUGACGGGAUUAUUCCAUUCGCCUGUACCAGUCCCACAACUUUUGCACUUUGCAGUGCUGUAAAUGAAAUAACAAGCUAUGAAUUUUCCUGUUCCACUGGAGAGGUGUGCCUCUUACAACUUGGCAAUCCUUGUGUGGCCUCACCAAACGGCACAAGUGCCUCAUGUUCCUACUUCGCCGUAAUCGAUGAUCUGUGUACCCAAAAGGCCUCCACGGGUCGCUAUCCAUAUCCCAAUGAUUCCAGUUGCCUGAAGUAUGUCUACUGCUUUCGCAAGGGUUCCACCUGGUCCGGAAGUUCCUGGCAGUGUCCUUCAAGCAAACCGUACUUCAGUGCCACCACUUCCAGCUGUGUAGUGACUAAGCCGGCAACAUGUGCCUAAUGCAAUAUUAUAAAAAGUAAUUUGAUAGAUUGAAUGGGGUAUUAAAACAAAAACUGCUUUUUAUCAUUGGACAAAUUGACUUUAUUAAUUCCCUAGCCAUAAGAACUCUUUGUUGGAAG